UCAACUUAUGCUCUUUAUUCUGAAUCAGCAUGCGUGGGCCGAGAGAAGAAUGAUUUGUUAAAGAUAAUAUUUCCUUCAAGUGUAUAAACCAGAAAUACUUAGUAAGAAACAUAAUUUAAGUUCUGUUCAUGGAUAAUUUACAGUAGCUAUUCUUAUCGGAAUUCCGGAAGUAGAUCCGGACGUAGAGUUGAGCGGAGUUGAAAUAAUUGAUUUUAAACAGAAACGUAUAAGUAUUAGAAAUGGGAAAAUCUAGGAAAAGGUGCAGAUGCACAUUUCGUGCUUACAUUUUGAGUGCCAUAUUUGUUGCAGUGUGCCUUACUUUAGUGUAUGAGAUAGCCAUUUUCUGUGCACUUGACAGUCUAAGUGCUGUUAGCUACUUUGGAGGACUUAUUUCCAUUCCUGACACGGACGUAAAAGCGGAUAUAAAAAUAUCAGACAAUUUUGACGCGGAAAUAGUUUUACACGAACUUGCUGGUUUCCGAAAUUCUGGAUUAAGUGAGCUGGGCAGAAACAAGGUCAUAAAUACUGUUCAUUACGUGUGGUGUGAUGACAAAAUAUUCGACUUCCGGAACUAUCUCAGUAUAAUGAGCGUCUGGAAGAUACUGAGACCGGAUAUCAUAGAAUUUCACCAAAAGGUGGCGCCAAAAUCUGACAAGUAUGACGAUUGGCUUACCGAAAUUAAGAAAACUGUUCCAAAUUUUAUAAUGAAGAUGAUUCCACCAAAUUGGGACGGUGACGAUAACGGUUGUGGGUUUUGGUUCGGCCUUGCGGUCAUUGAUGACAGGGGUGGCAUUUACGUGGAUGAAAAUGUCGUCAUAACACAGGAAGUAGUUUCAUUCCUUAAACAUGAUAUGACUGUUUUAUUCUCGGAGUACAAAUCAUCAGAACAUCCUCGCGUUGCCAUAGCAAUGGGGAAAGAUCAUGACGACAAUUUUAAGAAGUUUAUACGAACGUUUGUGAAAAAUAAAGAAAUUCCUAAUAACUCGCAGUUCUGUACAACUGUAAAUGAAGAAACGAACAGUAGUUAUGCACCUUGCUAUGUUUUAAGUUCCCCUUUAAACCCCGCGGAUGAAUUUGAAUCAGACACACAUUUCGGUAAAUUGGUUAGAACAAUUCUUUAUAGUUCAAGUGAAAAGAAAGAAGCUAAAUCAAUUCUACCGGGAACCAUUCCGAAAAUAGUCCAUUACGUCUGGUUUGGCUCAAAGGAAAUGGAUUUUAUGAUGUUUCUUAGCAUGCUCAGCACUUUGUUCAUUUUAAAUCCAGAGAAGGUAUAUAUACACACGGAUGGUGAGCUAAAGGGAGGCUACUAUAAGAGAAUAUUGAAAGAUGAAAGAGUUAUCCUUGUACACCGGGAGAAACCUUUUAGCAUAUAUGGACAUAAAGUCAUAUAUACUCAGCACCGCAGUGACAUAGUUCGAGCCGAAUGUUUACUGAGAUAUGGAGGCAUUUACAUGGACUGGGAUGUCCUGUGGCUCAAAAAUCCAGAUGACGUCAUACAAAAAGGAUAUGACGUCAUAGCAAACUUUGACCAUAUACAACAGGGUAAUUUUCCAAAUACGAUAAAUCUAGGUGUUUUAAUGGCAAAACCAGGAGCUACUUUUAUAAAAAGAUGGCAGGAUGCAUUAGCCAACUAUAAAUCUGAAGACUUCUUAUAUAAUGCCGUAGAAUUACCGUAUAAAAUAUAUGAAAAAUAUCCUCAGUACAUUAAAAUAGAAAAACAUUUACAAGUAAUGUGCUUCAGAUUAAAAUGUCACCCUACAUUCCAUAAGGACUUCAAAAACUUUAUGGAGGAGCAGCCGUUUAAUUGGCGAACUGACGUAUACUCCAUACAUUUUACAUUUCCGGAUCCACCAGAGCUUUCAAACGAACAUGCCUGCAGAAACGGGACUGGCCGCUUCGCAGAAAUCGGACAAUUUAUUCUACAGCACGAGAAGAAACUACCUUAAAUGAUCACAGCUCUACUAUAAUUUUCUACUACAAUGUACUUAUCUAUAUAAAAAUAAGGGGAGAUAAACAGGUACCCUAAAAUGUAAUAAUGCACUUGUUGUCUCUCUUAUACCAGAGACAUAGAUACAAUCUUUGUCUAAUUAAGAUAUGUUUACACUCAAGGAAGAGAAAUAUGUAUCUAAUAAACCAAACAAAAAAGUUGUCUCUCUUGGAACAUUAACUGCUGUGAAUCGUAACGUUUCAUUGCUACUAUAUAAAACAUGACCUUUAACAAUGGAAAGCGAUUUCUAAAAAAAAAGUUCAAUUCUCUCCCUUAACAUAUCGUUUCAAUUAAGGUCUUCAAAAUACAUGUAUAUAAAAUUAAAAACAUUCCAUUUAAUAUAGUAAAACAGACUUGUAAGUUGUUCCCCUUAGACCAUUUAUUGUUACUCAAUUUUUAAAUAAGGUUUAAAUCAAAGUGCAUUUUGUA